AUGUAUGUACUACCGCCGACAUUAUGGUCUUCCAAGAGUCGAAGCUUUAUUGGGGUCACAUGCCAUUGGUUGGAUAAAGACCUCAAGCGACACUCAGUGGCAUUAGCAUGUCAAAGAUUUGCGGGAAUCCAUUCAUAUGAUCGAAUUGCAGAGACUUUGGAGGACAUUCACAAAAAAUACAAUUUAGAUACAACCAAAUUAUUAGCCACUGUAACUGACAAUGGUUUUAACUUCGUUAAGUGUUUUAAAGAGUUUGGUUUAAACAUAGUUAAUAAGAAACACUCUACUGAAGAAGACAGUGACUUUGAAGAAAAAGAAGAUGAAGUCGUGUUUAACCCUAUCAUUUUAUCAGACUCUGAGUCAACUCUCGACAGUUCUAAUUUUACACAGGAAAGAUAUUUGCCGCAACACAUAAGAUGUGCCUCACCAUAAAUCUCAUUGCAAUUACCCAUUACAAAAAUUCGGUAAAUGGUUUAUUGCCAUUGCAACAAAAAAACACACAAAUAUUUUCCAAAUGUUCUAAAUUGUGGAAUAAAUGCGGUCGGCCGAAAUCGGCUGAGAUAAUACAAGAAGAACUUGAACAUAAGUUAAAAGUUCCAGGAAUUACGAGAUAGAACUCCACUUAUGACGCUGUCGUCCGAAUUGUUUCCAUCAAGGAUAAGUUCGAAGUUCUAUGUGAUAAACUUAUAAUUCCGGUAUUUAAGGAGCAUGAAAUAUCCUUUUUA